GAUGUGGAGGAGGAGAGAAGGAUAUGAUGGGAGGUGUGGGGUGGUCCAGUUAGGGCUCUGCUUGGCAGUUGGCACACCUCACACAGCGAAACCAGCCUGCCUAGCCCUGGCAGUCCGUACACGAACCACAAAGUCAUAUACAGACUAGGCGCUUCUCAGAGAACUGAUUGCUGCGUGUGAUGCUAUGAUCUGCCUCUUCGCUAUGUUCGUGAACGUCCUCUUGGACCCCCGACUUAUUUCUGGCGUUGUGAUUUGUUGAUUUCAUUCCCGGGAAACGAGCAUUGAUUCUUUUUGCUUGUGUGGUGUUGUUCGAGCGUUUCAUCUCGUUUAAUGCUCAGAUGUGUCGCGGACAACAGGGCAGCUGCCCUUCGACGAUGUCUAGACUGAAAACACCGGAUUUCUAUGUCAAUAACGUUUGGAUUUUUACUUCAAUUCAUGACAUAUGUACAUUUUAGUAGCCUAAUAUGCAUUUAUAAGGAUCUGCCCAUCCCUCGUCGUCUAGAUGAAGUUAUCCAGCCAUGCAAUGUUCUUGGAAGGCCGUGAUUCUGCUGGCCCUAGCCUCUAUAGCCAUCCAGUACACAGCCAUACGGACCUUCACCGCUAAGCCCUUCCAGUUGUGCCCAGUCUCCAGCCCUGUGAACUGCGGCCUGGGCUUGGGGCUCAGUCUCGGGGGGCAGGAGGCAGAAGGUGGUGAGUUCCGGGGCUGUGAGGAGAUCUCCAACUUCUCCUACAACGCCUCCAGGAAGACCCAUGUCCUCAUCCUGGCCACUACCCGCAGUGGCUCUUCCUUUGUGGGCCAGCUGUUCAACCAGCACCAGAACGUGUUCUACCUGUUUGAGCCCCUCUACCACGUCCAGACGGCGCUCAUACCGCGCCUUUCUCACAGCCGCAACACAGUGGACCGCCGGGUGAUGCUGGGCGCCAGCCGCGACCUCCUCCGCAGCCUCUAUGACUGCGACCUCUACUUCCUGGAGAGCUACAUCAAGCCCCAGCCGGCAAAUCACAGCACUGAUAAGCUGUUCCGGCGGGGCGCCAGCCGGGCACUGUGCUCCCCUCCUGUGUGCGAUGCACACGGCCCCGCCGAGGCAAACGGAGACGAGGGCGAGUGUGUAAGGAAGUGUGCCUUCCUCAACAUGACGCUGGCGGCUGAGGCGUGCCGAGAGAGGCGCCACGUGGCAAUAAAGACGGUGCGAGUCCCAGAGGUGAGCAACCUGCAAGCACUGGUAGAGGACCCCAGGCUUAACCUGAAGGUGGUGCAGCUGGUCAGGGACCCCCGGGGGAUCUUGGCCUCACGCAUCGAGACCUUCAGGGACACCUACCGCCUGUGGCGCAUCUGGAGGGCCACUGGGCGCAGGCCCUACAACCUGGACCUCACCCAGCUCAGCAUGAUGUGUGAGGACUUCCUGAGCUCUAUCACCACGGGGCUGAGCAGGCCUGCCUGGCUCAGAGGGAGGUAUAUGCUGGUGAGGUACGAGGACCUGGCUAGGAGCCCCCUGCAGAAGACCAGGGAGAUCUACGAGUUCCUGGGCUUGCCCAUGGACAAGAAUGUGGCUGACUGGAUCCAGAACAACACGAGAGGGAGCAGCGACCUGUCGGCCAAGCACAAGUACGGUACGGUGAGGGACUCUGCAGCCAACGCGGAAAGCUGGAGGCUCAAGCUGCCUUAUGACAUGGUUGAUUACACCCAGACGGUGUGUCAGCACACCCUGCAGGAGUUGGGCUACAAGACAGUGAACUCCUCCGAAGAGCUGAAGAACCUGUCCAUCACGCUUAUUGAGGAGAAAACUUUUCUACCGUUUUUGUAGCAAAGGUCUUACUUAUCGUAUCCUUAUUAAACUUUACUGCACAACUAUUUUUGAUAUAUUUAUAUUGUAGCCUUAAUUUCCUUAUUUCAUAUUUGCACUAAACCUCCAGAACCUUGAAGGUGAUCCUGUGGUAAUAUACUACUGAACCACGUCCAUAUCAGCACAACACCCAUUCAGACAAACGCUGUUUAGGACCUUCAGUGUGCAUCUAGUGGUGAAGCAGAUGAGAGGUGUUCAAUUCAAGUGACAUGAACAAAAAGAGAAAAAAAGCACCAUCCUACUUCAAUCUCCUGAAUGCUGGCCGUUGCAUUGACAAACGUGAAUGUUGAUUAUUUGUACAUCCAGUUCAACUGACCUACAACGUCUUUACUCACUGUACCCAAUAAAGGUUGAAGAUC